AUGGUAGUAGUGAGCAUCUGCCUCGCCAUCGAGCAGCAACAGAACAGGUGUGACAAGGACGGGGAAGGCGACGACGACGAGGAGGAGGAGGGCAGGGAGGAGGAAGACGACGACGACGAGGACCAGGACGAGGAGCAGGAGCAGGAGCAGGAGCAGGAGCAGGAGCAGGAGGAGAAGGAGGAAGAGGAGGAGGAAGAGGAGGAGGAGGAGGAGGAGGAGGAGGAGGAGGAGGAGGAGGAGGAGGAGGAGGAGGAGGAGGAGGAGGAGGAAAAGGAUGAGGAGGAGGAGGAAGAGGAGGAGGAGGAGAGGACGAGGAUGAGGAGGAAGACGAGGAGGAGGAGGAGGAGGAGGAGGAGGAGGAGGAGGAGGAGGAGGAGGAGGAGGAGGAGGAGGAGGAGGAGGAGGAGGAGGACCAUGACGACGACGAGGAGGAGAAAGACGAGGAGGAAGAGGAGAGGAGAGGAGGAGGAGGAGGAGGAGGAGGAGGAGGAGGAGGAGGAGGAGGAGGAGGAGGAGGAGGAGGAGGAGGAAGAGGAGGAGGAGGAGGAGGAGGAGGAAAAGGAGGAGGAGGAGGAGGAGGAGGAACUGUACUGUAUGAUGCACGAGAGUGGGGAGUUGAAAGAGGUGUUUGCAGAGAAAGGGGUGCUGGGAGGGGCGGGGAAGGGAGAUGCACCAGGAGCAGUGACGGCAGCAGCAGCAGCGGCGGAUGGGCAGGUUGAUGGGGCGAAGGGGUUGCAAGAGCGGCUGAAGGCACUCCUCUCGUCUUCGCCUACCAUGCUGUUCAUGAAGGCACUCGUCUCGUCUUCGCCUUCCUCUCAUCCCUUCCUCUCAUCCCUUCCUCUCAUCCCUUCCUCUCAUCCCUUCCUCUCAUCCCUUCCUCUCAUCCCUUCCUCUCAUCCCGUCCUCUCUGCUGCGUUACCUCUCAGGGAACACCGGAGGAGCCGCGGUGUGGGUUCAGCCGCAAGGUGGUGGAUGCAGUCCAGUCAGACAUGGACUCAUCGCAUGUUUCCUUCCUUCUUCCCCAUGGCUUGUCCUCACGGCCUUGCCUUGCUUUCCCAGGGCACACCAGAGGAGCCGCGGUGUGGGUUCAGCCGCAAGGUGGUGGAUGCACUCACGUCAGAAGGGAACACCGCAGGAGCCCCGGUGUGGGUUCAGCCGCAAGGUGGUGGAUGCAGUCUGGUCAGACAUGGACUCAUCGCAUGUUUCCCCCCCUCUUCCCCCCUUCUUCCCCCCCUCUUCCCCCCUUCUUCCCCCCCUCUUCCCCCCCUCUUCCCCAUGGCUUGUCCUCACGGCCUUGCCUUGCUUUCCCAGGGCACACCUGAGGAGCCGCGGUGUGGGUUCAGCCGCAAGGUGGUGGAUGCACUUACGUCAGAAGGCAUUUCCUUUGGCAGUUUUGACAUUCUCACGGAUGAAGCAGUGAGGCAGGGGCUGAAGGAGCUCUCCAAUUGGCCCACGUACCCCCAGGUGUACCACAAGGGCGAGCUGAUUGGUGGAUGCGAUAUUGUGCUUGAAAUGAAGGCUAAUGGGGAGCUUAAAGCCGAGCUUGGAGGGUGA